AGAAGCUCACCACCAGUAGAGUUGAAGCAAAAGGAGCUAAGCCCCGCCCACUGACUCAGACGCUCCAAUCACAGCGAAAGGCGGAAGUUGCCAGGGACUUCUUUCCUCCCACUUGGGCACUCCCGGCUCUUUAAAUCCCUUGUGCCCCCCCCGUGAACUCGGCCAUUUCACCCGGAGCGGCGAGCCACCCUGACCGAGAGACUUUGUUUCGAGAGCCCAGGAGGAUGAGCGAACAAGCCGUUUCCUUCGCCAAGGACUUCCUGGCGGGUGGGAUCGCCGCAGCCAUCUCCAAGACGGCUGUUGCCCCCAUCGAGAGAGUCAAACUCCUGCUGCAGGUCCAACACGCCAGCAAGCAGAUCGCGGCGGACCAGCAGUACAAGGGCAUCAUUGACUGCGUGGUCCGCAUCCCCAAGGAGCAGGGCUUCCUGUCGUUCUGGAGGGGGAACCUGGCCAACGUCAUCCGGUACUUCCCCACUCAGGCCCUGAACUUCGCCUUCAAGGACAAAUACAAGAAGGUUUUCCUGGAUGGCGUGGACAAGCACAAGCAGUUCUGGAGGUACUUUGCCGGGAAUCUGGCGUCCGGGGGCGCGGCCGGGGCCACCUCGCUGUGUUUCGUGUACCCCCUGGACUUCGCCAGGACGCGUCUGGCCGCCGACGUGGGCAAAGCCGGAGGGGAGCGCGAGUUCAAAGGUCUGGGCGACUGCCUGGUGAAGAUCUCCAAGUCGGACGGCGUCAAGGGUCUGUACCAGGGCUUCAGCGUUUCCGUGCAGGGCAUCAUCAUCUACCGGGCCGCCUACUUCGGGAUCUACGAUACGGCCAAGGGCAUGCUUCCCGAUCCCAAGAACACGCACAUCGUGGUGAGCUGGAUGAUCGCUCAGUCUGUGACCGCCGUUGCCGGCCUCGUGUCCUACCCCUUCGACACCGUCCGCCGUCGCAUGAUGAUGCAAUCCGGCCGCAAAGGAGCCGACAUCAUGUACAGCGGCACCGUGGACUGCUGGAAAAAGAUCGCCCGUGACGAGGGCCCCAAGGCGUUCUUCAAGGGGGCGUGGUCCAACGUGCUGCGAGGCAUGGGCGGAGCCUUCGUGCUGGUCCUGUACGACGAGCUGAAGAAAGUCCUGUAAUGUUCUACGUACGUUCUACGUCUCCAUGCUUUUUACCGGAACUUAUCUUCUACAUUCGCAUGGACUCCGAGGCUACACGUGUAUUUCUAGGGACCAACUAGUAUUGGGCUACUAGUUGUACCGGAGGGGGG